AUGUCCGAGACUGCAGGUCGCCCACGCGAGCCGACGCGGGAACCGGCCAAAAGCAAAUCCCGCAAAACUGACCCGAAUGCGCCGAUUCGGAAACGACGGAAGAGAACAGUUGUGAGCGGUGCUCCGGAUGACUGCUUCACGUGCUCCAAGCGAGGAGCUCGAUGUGAUCGGCGACGCCCAUACUGUUCCCAGUGCCUCGAGCUCGGCCGCGAAUGUUCUGGAUACAAGACAACCCUGACCUGGGGGGUGGGAGUUGCCAGCAGAGGCAAGCUGCGAGGUCAGAAGCUCCCCGUCAUGGACGAAGGGCUUUUGGAAUCUUCCAACAAGACCUCUCAUGCACAGCAGCGGUCGCCGCCCAGCAGCCAGGGUCAAGCCCAAUCCUCAUCACAACGGACCUCGACCACUCCUCCGGCGGCGCCCACUUCUGGCCUGGGCUUUAGUUCAUUUGAUGCAGGAUCUUUCAACUCGUUCGACUCAGACUCGCGCAGGCCGUCAGUCGCGUCAAUUAUUCCUGAUAUGUCGAAUGGCAUGGCGUGGACAAUGGACAUGCCGGAUCCCCAGACGUGGUCCAGCAUGUCUGCUGCGCCUCCGCAGAUCUCCGGGCUUCCAUUACCAACCCGACCAGCGAUGGGCAGCCGCUCGAGCCCAAGCAUAUCCUCCGAAGUAUCGCUUGGUUACGCACCCUUGUUAAGCCCGGGUGCCAGUUUCGCCACACCAGUGUGGCCAGUGGCGAGGAAUUGGCCGGUUCCAAAUUCAACAUCCCCUCAAGAUGCGGAUGAGGAGGUUGACAGGAAAAACCCGCAGUAUUCGAUGCUGUGGGAUGCUGGUCACUCGCCCUCGUAUUCUCAGCUGCUUCUAGCAAGAUCCGUAGGACGCACACCCCGUCUGCGGUAUCUCAUCAGUUAUUUCGCCGAAGUAAUUGCCCCCAUGAUUGUUGCUUUUGAUACCCCAACAAAUCCGUUCCGCACUCAAGUCCUUCGCCUGGCGCAAGGCAGCGAGGCCCUCCAAGAGGCAAUUGCGACUUUGGCCACAAGCAAUCUACGACAGCGGCGAGAGAAGAACCAUAUGUCCACCGAAAGAACCCUCCCGGCACGUAUGUCGUCUAUGGCGCAUCGUGCUCUAACCGAUGAGGACUUUCAAGAUAGAUACGGAAUUUCCAUGUCGGAGGGUUAUUUACGGGAAGAGAAUCACCACCGUGGAAUGGCCGUUAAGGCUUUGAAUGCCGACUUGGCAGAUCCACGUCGCAGGUUGUCGGAUUCGGUACUAGCCACAUUGCUGGUGCUUUGUUUGUUCCAUGGCUGUGACACUGGUGUUGCUGAAUUUCGAACACAGUUUGCUGGUGUCACCAGGCUCCUCGCCAUUCGAAUGCGGCAUUCUCCCGUCUUAACGGAUGAUGUCAAGUGGUUCAUCCGCAUGUUCUCGUGGUUUGACACCCUCACUGCGACGACCAAUGACCGUGAUGUACAGCUUCGCGGCAAAUGCCUGGAGAUCAGCUCGAUCACAGAUGGGGAAUGGGGCCUAGAGAAUUUGGCUGGUUGUGAUGGGCGUCUCUUCAAGAUGAUAUCUCAGCUAGGUCGUCUAAACCUACUGAGUCAAGACCAACAGCCCAACGAAUCUCGACCAGCAGAUGUGACGAUCCCUACCGCAUCAUUACCCCCAUCCAUGAUCUUCCCUGGCUGGGAUAGUGUUCCGUUAGCUUCUGGAUCAGGAGCCAUGACGGGUGAUUAUGGAUACUCUAUGCCCACUCCUCCACAAAGCAGCGACCAGGCUCGACGGCCUUCAUCCCCGGCAUUCUGGACCGAAUGGUACUCAUUACGGCAACGGCUCGAAUCCUGGCGAUUCGACCCACCAACUGGGCCACCCGUUGAGACCUCAUUCCCUCGCCAACUCUUGGCCAGCGAGAAUCUUCAAGAUGUCUACCAGAUCUCUGAAUGCUUCCGCCACGCAGCGCUUCUUUACUGCGAGCGACUUGCAGAGCCAAGUCUCCCAUCCCAACAUCCUCGCAUCCAGCACCUGGUUCGUCUUGCUAUGCAUUGCCUCUUCGCUGUCCAGUCAGAUGUCUACCUUCUGUGGCCGCUUUUCAUCGUGGGAUCAGAAUGCGUUCAAGAGGAUCAUCGUUCCGCCAUUCGAAAUCGCUGCCGAGAUAUCUCCAAGGACUCUGGAUUCGUGAAUAACAUUUCCUGUUUGGAACUGCUCGAAAAGAUUUGGGCAGAACAUUCCGAGGAGUCCUCAUACCCUGUAUAUCCCUCCGAAUUAGGUCCUCCGCCACCGCUGGAUGGAAGCGGCAAGACCAUGACUUCCCAAGCCUUUCGCUGGUCUCGAGUCAUGCAGGCCAAACGGGGCGAUGGAGAAUACAUGGUGGCAUAA